GAGAAUGCAGCUCCCUCCCUUCAUUACAAAAAUGGGAGUCUAUGAGUUUACAACACUGCAUAUGAUGUCAUAUUUAGCUCAUGUGUUGAUGAACUCUCCUGAAAUUUUUUAUAAAUCUUAAAAACAUUUUUUUAAUUAUAAGGGAUGGCUUUUCAGGAGGGGAAUAUAUUUUUUAAAUGAAGGCAAUGUAAAAAUAAGAGAUCAAUUCAAAUAAAAUUAAAAAUUGAAAAGAGAAAACCUAUGAUGUAUGAUCCUCAGAAUAAUGUGGGUAUAUGGAAGGGAAUCAGGAUGUGCUCCCUGAAUCCCAUUAAGAAAAAAUGAAGACUUUAUCUUGGGGAGCAGCCAGUAUUUAGUCUCUGGAGUGUUCAACAAAAAGAAUAGCUUGUUGGAGUAUAUCUGUGCAUAGGAUUAAUUUUUUUUUUUGCUUCAAGGGACAUGUCAGACUUUUUCUAUAAUGACUGCUGAUGAAUCAUUUGGAGCUUCCCAUAUCUGAUAAUGCAUCAUGGGUCCAGGUGCCAUUGUUCUGCCAAUGUGCCAGAUAAAAAGUAAGGUAACUUCUUCCUGAGUAAAUACUCAGAACUUACUAUUUUCAGGAAAUAAAGAUAACCAACAGAAGAAAGAAAGAUGAGCUGAGCCCAACAGAGCACAAAUGAAAGACUGAUAAUGGAGUAAAGUAGACUUUGAAACCACAUGGCGGUAACGUGGAAAGAUAACACAAAGUCACUAGACUUCUGUAAGCCAUGGAUAAAGAGGCAAAUUUAUGUUAGAGUAUCCCAAUUGGUUGCUACUGUGAGAAUUAAUAAGGAUAUUACUUUGCAUAUGGUUCCUGGACCUGGACCUGGAAAUACUCAAGGACUACUGAAUUUAUUAUGCCAUAAAGGAAUCCAACAAGAGAUUGUUUUGCUUUUUUCAGGAAAUUUUCUCCAUUACCUUGUACAGGUAGGUUUUAGGCUGUGAUAAGCUAACGAUUUUUUAGAGGGUCAAAGUUGGUAGUGGAAUACUAAUAGUUGGGGCUGAUGUGCAGAGAUGGGUGGGGCAACUGACUGCUGGUGGACAAAGGACAACUAGCAUUUUAUGAUGUCAAGGACAAUUCAGAUCCCUCACCUGGGAUAAAGGCACCGAAAGGCUCAGUCUGGCUACUGGUGUCUAAGUUGGCAGGAGUGAAUGUCAUUGUUUUCAAAACUGAGUGAAUUUUACUUGAAGCUACCUUUUUCUUUCUUACUUAGGGACUCAGUCCCUUUCCAGCCUCCCCCCUUGGGGAAGUUUGUAACCACCAGAAUCUACCAGCUAGAAUUGAACUGGCUGAGACUACUGAUCACCAGAGAAAUCCUAAAGACGUCACAUGGGGAGGAGACGGCAUGGAUUAUUUCCUAAUGCCGCAGAUCUGGUCCAUUUCCCCCGGAAAGCCUUCUUUAACCAGGCCACGUCGGUGCUGGUGCCCUGCCCCCCGCACUGGAUUUCGCCACUGUGGGAACAAGAGUACCCUAAGUCCAGAGCUGAGCGGAUACCCUACCUCAAACACGAGGCCAGAAUCCCCGAGCCAUUGGUGUCACCCUACAAUUGGGCCAAACCUGUCGAUUCUCAGCGACUCAACCAGGCGGCCUCAGCGACACGACUGCCCUUGGUGGAACACAAGGCUGUGCCAUUCCCCCAUCUUCAUCCCCAAGAUGUGAACAAGGCGACGUCACACCACAAACACCCUUCAGCCAACUCAGUCUUGGCUAAGCCCAAAGCUGACUUCAGAUCCAGGGGGACGUCGGUGCCUCUGACAUCGGCCAGGAAGCACCUGGCUCUGCUGGACUCCAAACAGCACCCCAAAGGUCCGCUGGACUCCAGCCACAGGGCGGAGGCUCCGUCAGGUCCCAGCUACUUCCCCAAGAUCUUCGCGGACUGUGACCAGCGGCCUGAAGAUCGCAGUCGCCCCCCCAGCCAGAGGGCCCAGUCUUCAAAAUUCCAUUACCACAAGGCCGAAUUUCCAUUCAUGAGCAACAGGUCCGCGGUCCCUGGAAGCAAAGCUUUCCCCAAGGGCCAAGCCAAGGGCGCCCACAAAGCAGGGAAAACAAUUCACUCAUUUGAAGCUUUGCCCAGGCCCAGGAUCCAAGGCAAGGUUCCGACCGCGAAGUACCAUCCCGCAGGCCUGCCCUCCUCACGCCUUGACUACUGGUGCAGGGCCACCUCGCUGAAGACGGCUGACCACUGGGUGCAGGCCAAGACUUUCAAGGUUUCCAAUUGCAAGCACAGCCUUAAGGAGACGGUAUCGCUGCUACGAUGUAUUGACAACCGCUCCAAGGAUCGAUCCGCACUUUUAAUCAAUCUGAACGGGAGAGCCAGGGCCUCCACUGCGUGCCCGUCCUGUCCGCAGCACUGGUCCAUCGCCACAGCUUUGCCAUCGCCAGGUCCGAAUCAUCAGGCCGGGGCCACUCUGUCCCGAGACCUCAAUCCGGGGGAAGCUCCUUUAUUCGCUCUGGAAGAUCCCUGUCCUGGAAUCACCUCCUCCCCCUUCGCUGAGGCUCCACUGGGCCCUGAUUACACGGCCGAAGACCCCCACGCACCCCCCUUGCUCUCUGAAAGCCAGGUUUCUCUAACCAUGAUUCCAGUCUGUUUAGAGUGCGGCAAGGCAACACAGGACGCUCAACCUGAGGCCACAACCCUGCCCUUCCCGCCCCGUCAGAAGAGCACGUCUGUGGGCUCCACUGUACACAUUGCACCCUUAGAGCGUGGCCCAGGCUCGGAUGCUCAGACAGCACCAUCCUUCGACUACCACCAAAACACAAAGGCGGGAAGAAGUCAGGACUACCUGAUCAGAGUUCUCCAAGGCAUGAACCCCAAGAAACGAACUCCUAAGGGCUCGGGCCACCUGGCCCAGCCCCUGCCUAGCAACGGACACACAGCUGAACUUGCUGCAGCAAAGCCAAAUGGCCCACAGACUAUACUGCCAACAGGCCAUGACAACCAAGAUUCAUCUCGACUAGAUCAGGGCUCCGCCUGGAUAUUAUCUCCAUCCGACACGGAGUGCAGAACCACAUAUUCACCUAGUCCUGAUGACCCCCAGGCUAAGCAUGUGCAAGGCUGUCAUAACCGGGUCACGCCUCAAGAACGACCAAACCAGGGGGACACGAAGGCACCAGGAGCAGAACAUCAGGCUGUCACUCUCACACACCAAGAUCAAGAGGAUAAGCUAUCGAUAGGGAUAGAAAUCCAAAACAAAGCGUAUCAGGUUCAUCUAAGACCACCCACACUGGACCCAGAACCACAGGAGGUAAAUCCACACAGGAGUGACCCCCAGAUGACACCUCCACCCAGGUAUGACUAUAGGGUUACUGAUGCACCAGACCCACAUGCCCCACUCCAUGCAGAACUGGAGCAGCAAGAAACAAUGGCACCAGAAAUUCAACCCUGGGGGCCAGCUCCCAUAGACCAAGGAGACUGGGAAACAUCUCCACCAAGCACAACAGACCCCAAGGACUCAGGGCUUUCUGGGACUGAACAUGGGACAACACCUCCAUCCAGUUCUGAUCCAAGGGCCAUAAUACCACCCAGACUUGAGCACCAAGCCAAAGAUGCCCCAGAUGCCGGUGCCCAGGCCAUACUUCAAACUGAACAAGAAUGUGAAGCAUUGCCACCAGGAAUAAACCACCAGGUCAUGACUCUUGUAGACUUAUCACACAAAGUAGUGAUCUCACUGAACCUAGGUCUCCAGAACAUAGCUCUUCCAGAAUACCAAACCAUAGCACCCCAAAGCAUUGACCAAAAGACUAAGGAUGCACUUGGUAGCAGUGCUCAGAUCUUCCUUCAGAAUAAACAGGACCAUUGGCAAGCAAUACCACUUGGAACAGAUAAUAGGGUGACAACUAUAGAAGUCCAGGAUCGUGAAGCAAUACUUUCACUCAAUCCAGAAUGUCAGGUCACUCUUCUACUAAGAACGGAUCACCAAAGAGACUCUGUUUCGGAUGCCAGUGACAAGGCCUCAGAGGUCCGACUAAAACUAUCACAAAGAGAGAUGCCACAAGAAUACUACCAGUAUACAUCUCUCCCAACACCGCAUGAACGGGGGACACCUUCACUACUCAUAGAACUCCAAGAAGUAACUCUAUCUGAUCCCAGUUCUCAGAAUAAACAGCAAUCCAUCCCUGACCACCCAUCAGAAACUGUCCCAGACCCCAAUACUUGGGCCGUACCUCCAUUAGAUCCAUACCACUCAGGAAAAAUAUUAAUGGGGUCAGGGGAGGGCACAUCUUCAUCUGGUCCCAGACCCUCUUUGACUCUUCUAUCCAGUCCUAAAAAUGAGACUGAGGCUAAAUUAUAUGUUACUAACCCCAAGGGCACAAUUCCAUGUCUAGAUGAGAAGAAAACAGUUCCACCAAGCUCAAAAUAUAAGGCCCAAAUUCGAUCAGUUCCUAAAUGCCCAAGUGAGAUUUCAAUGGACUGUGACCCCUACCUUGAAGAUGAACUGAGCUCUAAGAAUCUAGAUGAAGUUCAACCUGGGCUUCAACACCAGACCCAUUCUAGGAAAAACUUCAUACAAACUCCAUGGUGUUUAAAUUACAUCAAGCCAUACACCAUUGAGGGGGGUGAUGUCCCUGAAAAAAUUGUUGAGAACAUCAUUAGUUCCAUCCCUCAGGACAAAUUAAAAAGUGACAUCUGUAAAAAGAGUAUCUUACAGAAGAUGAAGAGGGGGUCCUCCCUGUAUGGUGACCAGGACAUCCCACUGGAUUAUUCAGUGUGCCUAAUUUGUGCCUCCUGGAUCCCACAUGGAUGUCCCCAUGUUUGGGGGAUGGAAAAUCCUUGUGAGAUAAAAUUGCUGGCCCUACCAAUGCCUCUGACCAGUUCUGAGGAGGUAGUAAAUGUGAAAUUUGUCCUCCAACUAAACCAGCCAACCAAAUAUCCCAUUUUUACCUUCCCAUACUCCCAUUACAAUUUCCCUAGUUCCAUAGCCCACCCAAUGAAUUCUCCAAUAUCUUCCCAUUCUGCCUUGGAACUCCCUGGGUUUUCCAGGAGAAAAUGGCUUAGCUUUAUGCUUGGCAGGGACUCCCAAAAGGGAAGGACCCUACCUACAAAACAAUGGCCAUACACAGAGAAAAUGGCCAUAAGAACAGAUGGCAGCAGAGAGGAAAGAACAUUAAAGGAACAUCGGACAUUUCUCAGGUCUCUACUAGGCAUUUUUCAAAAAAAGCAGAGGAAGAAUUAAAUUACCAUUAUAUCUCUCUGAAAGGAAUUGAUUCCCCUGGGUAUCUUUGAAACUUGUUUCUGAUUUUUGUCUCCCUCUGUUAUCCUACAAACUUUGACAGGGAGAUGGCAAUGCUCUUGUAUUUUCUUUUCAGUUUGAGUGUGGGGAACCAUUAGGGAUUCUUCUUGAGUAAUGAAAAGAGACAAUCUUCAUGCUUUCCCUUCCCUCUUAUUCCUUAUUUUAACUUCUAGAAAAGCAAAGACUCCCCUUAGAACAAAUUAAGUUAUUCUCUGCUUCCCCCUCAUAUUCUAUUUUAUAGCAUUUAAUGAAUAGGUUCCCUUCCCAAUAAGGCUUGGUAAAACUGACCAUAUUAUCCAGGAAUUUCUCUUCCUCACCCAAUCUUCACUCAAAUGGAAUCACAACCAAAAUUCUAUACUUUUAAUAGUUCAGCAUUUCAAAUGUCAUAAUUUCAUUAGAAUUCUGUACAAAUCUGAGGGAACAAUAGAUGGACAUUUUCAUCUUUUACUAAGGCCCCCAAAAUUCUACUUUUUGAUGAUGAACCCAUGGUUUCACCAGUGGUAUGAAGCAGUUCAUUGCUGGGACCUUAUGGGAGGUCACAAAGGAAAAUGACAUGAACUUGCCACUACUGAAAGCAAUCAACUUUUAUUAGCUUGUUUUAGAUCACAAGAAUAGGCUAUGUGUCUUCUUCACUGGAGAUAACCAAGAUUAAGAGCAUGAAAUAGAGAGACUAGAGAUAGAAAGGGAAAUGGACUAGGACAGCACCUUAACUUCCCAUCCUAGGGCAACAGAGGAGACCAAUGAAAGAAUAGGAACAUGGAAGAAUAGGAAAGGGAUAUGUCUAGGGAUAUAACUGAAGCCUCAGACUUGAUGGUCUGUAUACAGGCCAUAAUAUAAGUAGGAAGGAAUCCACGAAAGGCCUGCAAUAGACCACCCUUUGGACUCAAUACAUCAUCAUACCUGACUGUCACCAGUUCCAUGGAUUGGUCUCUUGGAAGUUUCCAGUUGGCAGAUUCUGUAGAAGGUGGGAGUCAUCUGGAAACACUCUUCUCAACUUUUACUCUCAGAAUACCUAGAUCCUUUCAAAACUCAGCUUAAAUUUCAAACUCUACUCAAGGUCUUUCUGAAUAGCCAUCCCUAUCUUCUAUUUUCUCCUCCCCAUAACCAAUAAUUUUCUAUUUCUCAUUAUUUUAGAACUUCUAGGUGUACAAUGUGUUAUUCCAUUGGAAUAUAAACUAAAUAGAGGGAGAUGUUUAAUUUUUGUACCUAGUUAGUAUAGUAUCUGAUAAAUAGUGUGCAAACAUGCCUCAAGAUAUUAUGGUUUCAGUUUCAGACCAAGAUAAAAUGAGUCAUAUGAAUUUUUUGGUUUCCCAGGGCCUAUAAAAGUUAUAUUUAUAAUAUAUUGUAGUCUAUUAAUUGUACAAUAUUAUGCCUAUAAAGGUAUGUGUUUUAAUUAAAAUACUUUAUUGCUAAAAAUGCUACCAUCGGAGCCUCCAGUAAGUGGUAAUCUUUUUGCUGCUGUAGGGUCUUAUCUGACUGAUCAGGAUGAUUGUUGCUGAAGGUUGGGGGUGGCUAUGGCAAUUUCUUAAAAUAAGACAAUGAAGUGUGAAAAAUUAAUUGACUUCCUUUCACUUAAACACUUAGAAGUCUUGUAGGGUUAAUACUUGACUUAAUUUCAAUUUUGUUGUGGCUCAGAGAAUAGGGAGGUCCCUGCAGAUGGAAAGAGAUGGGGAAUGGCUGGUAAGUGGAGCAGU